AAUAAAAGUUGAAUGUGAAAGGAGGGCUCGAAGAGGCAGCAAGGAGAGAAGAAUCUUAUCCACACACAUCCACAACGAAGGAGAAGAUCUUAGUCUCAUCUUAGCGACACAACAUAACACAAACACAACACAAUACACAAAAGCAGUAACCAGAGAAAAUGGCUAGUGUCUUUUCUGCAUGUUCAGGUUCUGCUGUUCUUUUCUACAGCAGAAACUCCUUUCCCUCAAAAGGAUCUUUCAUUCACCUCAAAAGGCCUCUCUCUGCCAACUGUGUAGCUUCUUUGGGGACUGAGGUAUCAGUGUCUCCAGCAGUAGACACUUUCUGGCAGUGGCUUAAAGAAGAGGGUGUUGUCUCUGCCAAGACCCCAGUGAAGCCUAGUGUGGUGCCAGAAGGCCUAGGAUUGGUUGCACUCAAAGACAUUUCUAGGAAUGAGGUUGUCUUGCAGGUUCCUAAGAGGCUGUGGAUUAACCCUGAUGCUGUGGCUGCUUCAGAGAUUGGGAAGGUGUGCAUUGGAUUGAAGCCUUGGUUGGCUGUUGCAUUGUUUCUGAUAAGAGAGAGGUCAAGGAGUAAUUCUCUUUGGAAGCAUUACUUCAGCGUUCUGCCUAAGGAAACUGACUCUACUAUAUAUUGGUCAGAGGAGGAGCUCUCAGAGCUACAAGGGACUCAACUUCUGAACACAACUAGGAGUGUGAAACAAUAUGUGGAGAAUGAAUAUAGGAGAUUGGAGGAAGAAAUUAUACUCCCUAACAAGAAGCUUUUCCCUUCUCCUCUUACACUUGAUGACUUCUUCUGGGCAUUUGGAAUUCUAAGAUCAAGGGCAUUUUCCCGCCUUCGCAACGAAAAUCUAGUUGUGAUUCCAUUUGCUGACUUCAUAAAUCAUAGUGCCAGAGUAACAACAGAAGAUCAUGCUUAUGAAAUUAAAGGAGCAGCAGGUCUUUUCUCCUGGGACUACCUAUUUUCCCUUAGGAGCCCUCUUUCUCUCAAGGCUGGGGAUCAGGUAUAUAUCCAAUAUGAUUUGAAUAAAAGCAAUGCCGAGUUGGCUCUGGACUACGGUUUCAUCGAACCAAAUGCAGAUCGGAACGCAUACACCUUGACACUGCAGAUAUCUGAGUCAGACCCUUUUUUUGGUGACAAACUUGAUAUUGCUGAGUCCAAUGGUUUUGGUGAGACAGCAUACUUUGACAUCUUCUACAGCCGCCCUCUUCCACCAGGGUUGCUUCCAUAUCUGAGACUGGUAGCUCUAGGGGGCACUGAUGCAUUCCUGUUGGAGUCAAUAUUUAGAAACUCCAUCUGGGGUCAUCUUGAAUUGCCUGUGAGCCGCGACAAUGAGGAGCUAAUAUGCAGAGUGGUUAGAGAGACCUGCAAAACUGCCCUUGCUGGUUAUCAUACAACCAUUGAAGAGGAUCAAAAGUUGAAAGAAGCAAAGCUAGAUUCAAGGCAUGCAAUAGCAGUUGGAAUUCGAGAAGGGGAGAAGCAGCUCCUGCAGCAAAUUGAUGAGACCUUCAAGGAGAAAGAAUUGGAAUUGGACCAGUUAGAAUAUUAUCAAGAAAGGAGGCUCAAGGACCUUGGACUUUGUGGGGAAAAUGGUGAUAUCCUUGGAGACCUUGGAAAAUUCUUCUAGGAAGCAAAAGCAGAAGCAGUACACAGGACACGCUUUUUGUCUACAUUUCAAAGGACGAGAAAACAUAAACUCUUGGUAAAUAACAAGAGGAGGCUUCCAAGACAAAUCCAUGCCAUGUAUUCAAUUGAUCUUUGAAGAGGAUCAUAAUCAAGUUUCUGACUCACCCCAUUUUAUUACAACCUAUUAGUCUGUAAAGAGGAAGAAGUAGUGAACUUUUGAAUGCCUGAUAUGAAUUUAUGGCUGUGACAUGAACUAUUGUUAUAUAAUUAUACAUAACCCAAACUUGGAAAAUUAAAUAAAUAAAUUAAGGAUGAAAUUGAAGAUA